GCUGCCUUUGCAACCUCCCGCGCCACGGCGGCGCUAGAGUCUCGCGUUCCGCUCGCGAGGGAGGAACCCGAGGUAACGGUACAAGGGAGAGGGGGACGGGCUCAGUGAUGCCACGCGGUCCGCUCAUGGAGGAGGCAGUCGCCGCUUCUCCACCAGCGUCGAAGCACGCCAGGCCUCUUUCACGCUACGUUCUCGGCUGAGUACUUCAACCUUCCGGUCUCUUAUCGCGUGUAUUCUGUGAAAGCUGUUUCGUCCAGCAUGAGAACUUUGACGUCGUCCUGCAUUGACUCGAGUGUUCCGAAUCUUCAUUGCUGUUGAACGAAUAUCGACGAUGUCUACCACUUGGUUGGGAUACUGCUUCGCCUUGGCGUGGGCGUCACUGCUGCAGAUAUGUCCAGAGGUUUCCUGCGUGCACAUCCUGCAUCUGUCCGUGCCUAAGUGGGUCGAGAAUGGGACUGAGGACUCUGUGUUAUUGGACUGCGUGUACAACGUUGGAAAGGACGAUAAGCAGCUGGUAAUAAAGUGGUUCUUGAACGACGACCCUUUACCAAUCUACCAGUGGAUCCCCGAACUGGACAAACGGCACGUGUCGAAGAAGAUCCGCGGCCGACUUAAUCUGGACUUCUCAUUGUCCAGCGGCAACACUUUCACAAAGUUCCGAGCAUUGAACUUAGUUCGUCCCACGACGGAUCUGGGCGGCAGGUACUCUUGUCACGUCAACUCGCUCGCUGGCCAGGAUUCUGAGUCCAAGCUUAUGACAGUUUACGCUCCGCCCAAGAGGUUCGACUUCUGGCACGAGCGAGUGUCUGCGCACGUGACGAACCUUUCGUGCGAAGUGGACGGCGUGUAUCCACAGCCCACAGUAUUUCUCUAUCAUAGCGCUAGCAAGGAACUCGUCACGAGACCCGUAAGUGUCGCUCCCAGCGUGCUCCGAGGCCGAGAUGGGACCUACAGGGUCCGUCUGCACCACACAGUGGACGGACGCGAGCUUUCCGAAGGCGAGGAGCAUGUCUUCGAGUGCGUCCUCGCUAUUCCAGAGACUAAUUUCAAGAGGCAACGCCGUCUGGAGUUCGAUCCAGGGAGCUUGACGGGUUCAGCGAGUGAUGGUUUACCCUCGAAGUGGUGGUGGUUGUUAUCUACCUUCUUCAUUGCAUCCAGACUUGCAUAGCUGUAAACGACCUGUGUACAGGUACAGCGCAGUUUACUUGUUGCAUCGCGAGAAGCCACCAGUGAAUCACACAGCAACUGCUCUUCGACGGCGACGCCUCACUGUGCGCGAGUACUGACUUUGACCGCGAGGAAUGAAAUGGAACUCAUGUGUCAGUGUACGCCUGCAUAUCGGACCUCUGAAGUCACAGCAGCCGUUAGUGGCGCACGAUGUACACCGUUCUAGUAAAACCAAAGUUUUCCCGGAAAGACUAUAUUCAACCCGAAGCACCCGUCUGUGAGAACCCAAGUGCAUCAAAGCCUAGAACCUGCACUUCUCGACCAACAACCGCUUGCCACUUCGUGAAUGGAUGAAAGAGUGCUUGAAGCAGAUCAAGCGUCCCGCUGUUUGUAUGCACCUCUUUUGUACUUUAGUGUGACUAUAGUGCUGAUAACGCCAUAUCGACUGGAGAAAGAGUGUCCUCAUCCGGACUUCGGCAGGACUUUCAGCGCUCGAAAAGAAGUACAUCCGUAAAGAAGUAGACGAGCGUGUAUAUGUUUUUAGUAUGAGUGGUGUGGCUUUAUCAAAGCGGAUGCAUUUUAUUUGGGAAAUUUACACUUUCAUGUCCUAAUGCCAAUCAUUAUAAUAAUGCACUUUGCGGGAGCCAUAGUUUUCGCGUAUGUGAAGCAAGGGAACAGUCUACGCAAAAGCUGACACAUUAUACUGUUUAGUUACAAUGCUUUCUAUGUUGUGUGCUGUGGUAAAUACCGGAAUAAUACCGAAAAUUAUGCGUUACGUGAAACUAAAUAAAACUAGGGUACUUCUGCGAACAUUCAAAGGCAGAACAUAGUAUACACUAGAAAGUACGGUAAAUGAAACAUAAUGGGCGAACGGAAAGAAAAACACGGACGGACACACACGGACAGGCUUUGAUAAGACAAACUAUAGAGUAGCUACCUAUAAAGGUUUACCCAACAUGACUUCCAUUUUGAGUGUUUUCCGAUAGGGAUUUGAAGGUUCUUGGUUAUAGCUUUGGACUGCGAUGUCGAACCCGUUUGAAAUUUACCACGAUGAAGCCUACCAAUUAGAGUUCCAUCCCGACACAGGGAUUUUCCACCUGCAUUGAGUAAUUGGUGAGUAAGGACAUGGGUAAACUUUUAUAGGUAGCUAGCCUGUACAUUAAACAGUCAUGCAUGACUUUUUAUUUUCUGCAUGGCGCUUGUAUAGAACUUCUCUCUUUCUUUUUUCUUUUGGUCUGGGGGAAUACAAGAAUCUUGAAGCUUAGUAAUUAAAGGAGCAUGGGUGACACUUGGAACAUAUAUUUUUGUACUGCGUCAUAUGAGCAUAUUACCUUCGGGAACCGUGAAGCAAAUUAUUUCCGUUGGGAAGUGCGAAUUUACUGAGAAAAUUGCUUUGGAAGACAGCGCGCAGCGGCAGCGGCCUCGCACAGCCGCUCCUCGCGUCUCAUGACGUCAAGUGUCAGAGGACUAUUCAUUGGCCACCGAGCUAGCGAGCUAGCGAGAGCGACCAGUCGAGACGCGGGAAGGUCAGUAUUGGCGAGGCACAUGACGUUGCAGACUUCCAGCCGAGGGAAACAGGUUUUCUGACCCGCGAGAUCGAAGCUCUCUCGCGUUCCAGGAUUACGCGCUGCACUCGUAGGUUUUGCGCGAAUGUGUGUCCCAGGGCUUGUAAUCAUAAUUUCUAGUUAUCCCUAACAUAUUUUCUCUCGAGUCUUUCCAUGCUCCUUUAACACUUUUUGUUUUUAUCGUACAACUGGUUUCAGUUUGUCUACUGCACCAUAGGGCAGUGUGCCGGACAUAAACCUGGUGAGAAAUAUCGGACGAAAAGGUCGUUUAAGAGACGUCGAACAGCUCCACUUACUAGUCGCGACGAACGUAGAUGAGCAGAUAGGGAGGAACGGCUACACACGAAGACACGUACGUGUACAUUCUUGCGCGACUAGUGAAAAUAGAUAUGAGAUGCCUGUAUCUUGACAAAAAAAUAUUCCCUCGGCGAGACACACGGCAGCAGUGACCACGCACUCAUAUGACGGGUCUGACCAAUCACGUGACACACCCGUCACGCGCUACAGAAAUAAAAUAGUAUAUGACGUGUGACAAAAACAAUGAUGAGCUUUUGGGGUCCAAUAUUAACCAACCUAGAAUACCGUGACAAUAUUACGUUAGAGGAAUAGUAUUUUUGCUUCACCGCAAUUUCAUUCACCCACCAUGGGCGUCGUUAAAUCAUCAGAAAUAAAUAAUACUGAACGCGAUUUUUCUUGUUGAUUGCCGACUGAUCUUCACAAUUUUCUGUGUUCCUCUUUCAUGUUGUUUUUUUGCUGAAGUACAUUGCCUCGUGUGUGGCUUCCAUUAUUUUUUAGCAGACGAGGAACCAUAGGGCAGAUGGCCCACAAAAGGACUUUUGCCGCUGUGUUUUUUUUUUCUGUAAAUACGAUGCAUUCCUUUGUGCGUAGGGUGCCACGCUUUCGGGUUUAAACAAGUUGCUCAGGCUGCAGACUUUAUUUGCUGCAAUUGCUACUGUUACAAAGACAAUUGUUGUCCCAUAUUGAACUUACUGGUUAUAACGUUGGAUCCCAGAGGAAUUUUAUAUACAAAUUAACUAUCCAGGUACAAGUCAAUAAUAGUCUGUAAUUAAGAUGGCUACGAUGGCAUUCGAGAGCUCCCACAAUCGUCACAGUGGCGUGCCUACUUCAAAUAGUGUGACUUUUUGGUUUACAAUAAUAUGUUACCCCUGAUCGGACAGCCGUCGAUUUUAGGUGAAAUCCGAAAUGAUGGCACCCUACCGCUGCAGUAUAAUGUCACAAUUUUUUCAUGUACAUACAAGUGAGACCCAACUCCAAGAACAAAUAAAAGCAGUACGUGCA